AUGUCAGGCAGCUUUGAAAAAUCAAUCCUAAAAGCAAAAUGUCGGACGAUGAUAAAAAGAAAAACAUAGACAACAGAAAGCAUGUAUCUACUGAACCGGAACAGGAAACAAAUCCGUCAAAUGACGAAGCUAAUACGGGAAGAUCGUUAAUCAGCUUUAGUCAGAAAGAUGAUCAAUCCAGAGAGCCAUUAUCAUCUGUAAGUCUUAAGCAAGGUCCUAAGAUAGCAGCCAAACCGAAAAAGCCAGAGAUAAGAUCGUCAACUUCGCAUACUGGUAAACCCACAGUACACCAGAGAAAUUCAGACAAUGAAAAGCCGGGCUUUUCUAAAUCAUUUAAAAGAGAAUCUAUUAGUACGAAAGCAAAUAGAAACAGCGUUGCAGCAAAAGAUGAUCAAAAGAUAUUAGUCAAGACCGUACCCGGAAAAUCACUUCUUAAAGAUUCUGACGAUGAAAAUGUGGAGGCAUCUAGCCGGCCAAAAAAUUACACAGCAAAAAAAAAAGUGGCUGAGGGACCUUCAACGAGGCGAGUUCGCGAGCCAUUUGACUCAUUUGAUAGGGAAAAAUAUCUGGCGGAAUUGAUCGAUUAUGAUCGAUCGUCCGAAGAAAAAAAACAAGAUUCGGAACCAGACAGUACUCUUCGACGUCGUUUUCACACCAAUAAUGAAUUUAAUUCUACAUCAAGUCUGGAAUGGGAGGAGGAAGAGAUCGAUGAAGACUCUGCUGGAUCUGCGACCAUGCGAGGUAGCUAUCGAAUGACACAGAAUGCCGAUGACGAACGACCUGUUAUCCUAGCGGAAAUAAUUAACAUGGGCAAGUUAAAGGAGCUUAAGGACCAGCGCGAUUCAAAUAAUGGAUUCCUUAACAACCGUCGAGAUGAUAAAACCAUUGAUGAGGUGAAAGGUUCGAAGACCACAGGAACCGGCAGCCGUCACGUUGAAGAAGUUAAAUAUGGGGAAAACGCUGGUGAUGAUGAUGAUGACAAUGCACAAGUGAAACACAGAAGCACAAUCACAAAAAUCUUUAGUAUUGCCCAAAGAGUGGAACGGAAGAAAGACUCUAAAGAAAGUGAAAAAAACUCCAAAGAAAGUGAAAAAGACGAAAAUAAAGACGAUAAACCGAAACCGCCCCCAGAACCAGAAGUCCAGGAAUUGGAGGCAAAGAAAACAUGGGUUUUUCCGAUCACAGAGACAUCGCCUGAUAUCCCUGGAGAGGAUCAGCCCCUGCAGGAAAACCGAAGGAUUACAAUCGGUAAAAGAAAUAAAAAAAUCAGAAAUAUCGGAAUAAAUACGGAUAUAAGCAGACAAUCCAAAAUCAAAACACUUCCCAGCAAGUCCGAAGGUGGUGACAUAGAAGCAGACUAUGCUGGUAAAGGAUUGCGACAUGUGGGGCAAACCACUGAAAAUCGUCCAAAUCAGCGAAAGAAUUAUAAACAUAAAGUAGAACUAGACGAUGUGCCCGUUGAUAUAGGAUACAGCGAUGGUCGGAUAAGGGAAGUUGGAGUGAAUACUAAAGUGCUACCAAAAACCAGAAUUCCACCGAUUGCCGAGAUGAUUGAGCACAAAAAUGGUCAAUUCAGGGACGUUGGGACCAACACAGAUAAACCAUUUUGGCCAAUCGACGACGGAACCAAUGUGAUAUACAUGAAGCCGUUUAGAACUGAUACGAAGAAAAUGGAUAAACAGAUUGUGGAUCCACCGCCGUACAGUGGACCCUACAAGAUGCCAACGAAAGGUGAGAGACGAUCUUACUACAAAGGCUGUGAAUAUCAUUUUCCUGGCAGAACUGGAUGGCGUCGACUUUUCUACAAUAGAACCCAUGGAAAUUAUGAAUUACGCCGUCCAAGUUUCUGGAUCUACACACUAGUUUUUUCCAUUUUAUAUAUUUUAUUUGUCAUUAUUUUUUCAAUGGCCUGGUUCGAUUUCAUCAAAGAUGACGCAUCUAGGAAGGCGCCCGUGAUAAAGAUGGCUCAACCAUUUAUUAGUUUCACUCCAUUCGGACCACGAACAAAUCCCAAGGCGGUAUCAUAUGAUCCUAGAAACAGUACGGAAAUCAUGGAAAAGUAUGCUGGUAUAAUGGCUCUACUGGAAAAAUAUGGCGACCAUGGUCAGAAUCCGCGUUUCGGAACUUGUACUGCCGAUGAAAAGUUUGGAUAUCCGAGCGGCGAACCGUGUGUUUUUCUAAAAGUUAAUCGGAUUAUUGGAUUCAAGACCGAGCCCUACAUCAAUUCCGAUGACCUUGUCCAUGCCAAGAUCGACGAGGUUGAAUUUACGACCCUGAAAAGGUUAUUAGAAAACACCACAUCGGAGGGUCGUCUAAAUCGCACUUGGAUCACUUGCCGGGCAGAUAAAGAUAAGAAGGUUUUAAUUGAAUUCCAUCCAGAGCCGGCGAUACGAACGGAGUACACCGAUAUUGAUGAGAAAAUCGAGUAUGACGCGAACGAGGGUAUAAGGUCAUUUUUCGGCCCAAACGAUCUCAACCGCAUAGUAGCUCUCAAGAUCAAAAAGCUAAAGGCAAACGAUCGUGUUCAUAUAAAUUGCAAAAUGUGGGCACAUAAUAUCCAUCAUAAGAAGGAGGGUUAUGGUCAAGUUUCGUUUUUUGUGUUAUUAGCUACAAACGAAAACCGUGAAAGGGUGGAAAAAUUGCUCAGACACGGUGACUCAUUAUAAAAAAUUUAUAUUUAUGAUUUUCUAAUAAAUUGAUAUUUAUAACAUCUAUA